AACAGCGACAAAAGGCUUCUGAUUCAACCAAGGUGGUGGUUUUCUAGCGAACAUUAAACCGAAACAUUGAAGCGUUUAAGACAAAUCUUGUGUAUAUUAUUCUUAGUGUUUUAAACACAAUUCUGUUUACAUAUCUACUCGUUCAUUGAAACGUAGAUUGCUUGUUAAAUUAGCUAAUGUGGUAAAGUGAUACUGCACGAGGCUAAUCGACCGGAGCAUGAGCUCAUUAAUCUCGACGGAGAAAGAAGCUCUGAAGAAAGGAGAGGAAGAAGCUUUCAGGAUGAAAAGGGAGGAAGAGGAGGCUAUCGCAUUGAAAGAAGAAGAGGAUGAUAUUACAGUGAAAGAGGAAUAUGGGAAAGAGGUUGUGGAAGAGGAGGAGGUAGAAGCUUUCAGAAUCAAAAAGGAGGAAGGUGCCAUAACAUUUAAAGAAGAGGAAGAACCUUUUGGAGUAAAAGAGGAAGAGGAGGCUAUCUCAAUUAAAGAGGAGGAAGACGUUUUGGGAGUGAAAAAGGAUGAGGCUGAAAAUUCCAUUGAGACCAGAGAGAGACAUGACUUUCCUGGAUCCUCUGGGAAGCCUCAACAACAUCCUGAUGCUGACGAGGCAGAGAAGAGUCUCUCCAGAUCAGAACACCAGAUGGUACAGCUUGGUCUGGUCUAGCAUACAGCUUGCUCU